AUGAGGAAGGACAUCGCUAUAUUUUUCCAGAGCUUGCCCAAGGAGGGAGACAAACAAGAUGACACAGAAUGGGCCAAAACUACAGACGCAGAAUGUGCAGAAGAGGAGGGUACCCAGGGGUCAGAUGACGAGACGGACAGCCCAGAAGCUGUGAGAGAGAGAGAGGAGUCUCCAGAAGGACGAGAUGAGCCUGUAUCUAACCCCUCAGCAGUAGAUCAAGAUUGGGUAAUGAGUGAUGCGGAUGAUACGAUAGUUCAGCCCGAUUUCGAGCCUGAUAUUGUACGGGUGGACGCUGACAACGAUGUCAUUAUGACUGACUCAGAAGAUGUAGAUGGACAUCUCGAGAGCCCUGAGAGUCCGGGCUCAGACAAAUUGCACUCUCACUGCCCCGAGGACAUCGACAUCGACAUUACCAUGAGUUGA